AUGACAGAAAGGGGAAAGGGAGGACAGAAGAGAAGGUCAGCUCCUAUGAGAAGGUCAGCUCCUAUGAGAAGGUCCACCCCCACGAGAAGGUCCUUUGUGUACCCCCCCAUUGGAAGCCACCCCCCCCAGAUGAAUGAAAUGCUGGCCGUGCUGGAGAAGUACCAUAGAGACGUGUCCUUCAUCAAGUACCUCUUUUUGGCUAACUGCGUAGUCGUGGCGAUUCUACUGAUGGGUUCUGUGCAUCUACUGUGGGGUGAUUCCACGAAUAAGCUCAUUUUGCAAAAAUUUGAGAAGCUCCUUGCAGAGGUGAGGAACUCGUCGAAGGUGCAAACAACCAUCAAGGGGAUGCUAAAGGAUCUGUUCCAAGGCGCCGUGCAAGAUGAGGAGAACAAAAGGGCCACCCAGGAGUUCUUCUUAAACAUCCUACAGAACUCGAAGAGUCCAUUGGGGAGUGUAUUUACAGACGUUUUGCAAACGGAGCAUGUGAGGAACAGUCUGAAGGAUACCCUUUUGGAUGUCUCUACUUACCUGUGUAACAACGAACAGGUGCAAAUGAAAGUGUAUCACCUCCUGUCGGAGGCCAUCCACCUCCCCAUCGCAGUCAACACGUCGAAGAAGUGGCUAAACGAUCUACUCAAAUCCGAUAGCGUAACGAAUAACGUCCGGGAGGUUUUACGGGAUGAAAUUUUUAAAAACGAGGAGGUCCUCAACGACUCCGUUGCGUUCGUGCAGAAUGCUCUCCUGAGUGCCAUUAGAGAUAAGAAGACAAAGGAGAUGAGCAAAUUGUUUUUCGCCUCCGUCCUUUCUAACCCCGAGAUUCAACAGCAGAUUUCGGGGAACCUCUGGAAAAUCAUAAAGUUGGCUGUUUCCCCCAAGUGGAUGACUUACGAGGGGGACGAGUUGCACUUGGAGGUGGAGAGCCAGUCGCCUUCCGCGCGGGGGGGGGCCCGCGGGGAAGAUCCCCUCCUGGACGCGGGCAGGGCCCACGUGGGAACGAUCAGCUGCGAUGUGUGCGAAGUUAGCGAUGUGCGCCACGUAGGGGGCCACCUGGGGGAGGGUCCUCCGGAGAGGGGGGAGCUGCUGCCCCUGGGGAGGAACAGGGGAGGCGCGGACGAAGAGGAGCGAGUCGUUAGCGAAAGGGGGGCAGCAGCGGACGAAGAGGAGCGAGUCGCAAACCAAACGGGAGACGCCGCAAACGAAAGUGCCGAAACCGCAAACCAAAUGAGACGCGUGAUUACCCUCUUCGAGCGCGCAGACACGAAUGACGAGCACGCCGACGUGACUGCGUGUGAGCAGACGUACGUCGGGCAGCCAUUCCAAAUUGCCAAGGGAGGGAGCUUCCCACAUGUGGGCGUGGAACACCUGGGGGAGCUACGAAGCUUCCUCCUUCCUCCCCACCCAAGUGGGAACAUCUCCCCCCCCCUGAAGGUCAUCCCGAUGAGUAAAUUUAGAAGCCUUAGGGAAGGAGCAGGCCACUUGACAAGUUUGCGGAGAGAUCACGGUGCGAGCGGUUCCAGCGGUGCUAACGGGAGUAGUGGGGCCACCCCCCCAGGGACGGCGUCGCACAGUAGUGAUGUGCCCAACGCCGCGCCGCUGAACUGCGCUCCGCUGAACUCCGCGCCGCUUAACCCCGCUUGCGGAAUGAGGGAGCAAAUGAAGUUCUUCCUGCUGGACGCGUACAGGUUCUACGCGCAAAAGUAUUAUUUUUACUACUACUACGUGGAGCGGGUCAAGGCGGUCCUGCAGAAGGCGCUGGGGGUGAAGUUCUUCUGA